CCCGAAGGGUUUUAGCUUUAGGCAGGUGAAGCGUAUAAAACCCUAACCCUAGCAAAAUACUCCUUCCAGAGUCUCAACGCCAAAAAUGGUUCGCAGUAUCAAAAACCCUAAGAAGGCCAAAAGAAAGAACAAGGGAUCAAAGAAAGGCGAGGGUUCGUCUUCAGUGCCCUCCUUGCCAACCAAGGUAUGGCAGCCUGGAGUGGACAAGUUGGAGGAAGGAGAAGAGCUUCAGUGUGACCCCUCUGCCUACAAUUCUCUUCACGCCUUUCAUGUUGGAUGGCCUUGCUUGAGCUUUGAUAUUGUGCGCGAUUCCUUGGGACUGGUGCGCUCUGAAUUUCCCCACACGGCUUAUUUUGUCGCAGGCACUCAGGCCGAGAAAGCAUCUUGGAACUCCAUUGGAAUAUUUAAACUAUCUAACAUUUCUGGGAAGAAACGUGAGCUGGUGCCUACCACCAAAAGUACCGGCGAUGAUUCUGAUAUGGAUGGUGAUGGCAGUGACAGUGAUGAAGAUAGUGAAAAUGAGGAGGAUGGUGGAUCUGGGACACCAAUUUUGCAGAUGCGCAAAGUGGCCCAUGAGGGAUGUGUCAACCGCAUUCGAGCCAUGAUGCAAAACCCCCAUAUAUGUGCAUCUUGGGCAGAUACUGGUCAUGUGCAGGUGUGGGACUUCAGCUCUCAUCUGAAUGCUUUAGCAGAAUCUGAAACAGAUGCUAACCAGGGAUCUUCUCCUGCUAUUAAUCAAGCGCCAUUAGUUAAGUUCGGUGGGCACAAGGAUGAAGGCUAUGCUAUUGACUGGAGCCCUGUUGUCCCUGGAAAGCUUGUAACUGGGGACUGCAAGAACUGUAUUUAUUUAUGGGAACCUACAUCAGAUGCAACAUGGAAAGUUGAUACAAAUCCAUUUAUUGGACAUACUGCUAGUGUGGAAGAUCUACAAUGGAGCCCUACGGAAGUUCAUGUGUUUGCCUCUUGUUCUGUGGAUGGGAAUAUUGCGAUAUGGGAUACACGUCUAGGAAGGUCACCAGCAGCUUCCUUUAAAGCACAUAAUGCAGAUGUCAAUGUUUUGUCAUGGAACAGGCUGGCUAGCUGUAUGCUGGCCUCUGGAAGUGAUGAUGGGACAUUUUCUAUUCGUGAUCUUAGGUUGCUCAAGGAUGGAGAUUCUGUGGUAGCACAUUUUGAAUAUCAUAAACACCCCAUUACAUCCAUUGAAUGGAGCCCACAUGAAGCCUCCACAUUGGCAGUUUCUUCAUCUGACAAUCAACUGACAAUAUGGGACCUCUCUUUAGAGAAAGACGAGGAAGAGGAGGCUGAGUUCAGAGCCCAGACAAAGGAGCAAGUAAAUGCCCCCGAAGAUUUACCACCACAACUUCUCUUUGUUCAUCAGGGACAAAAAGACUUGAAAGAACUCCACUGGCAUUCUCAGAUCCCGGGAAUGAUCAUAUCCACUGCAGCAGAUGGCUUCAAUGUCCUGAUGCCUUCAAACAUCCAAAAUGUCCUCCCCUCAGGUAAUGCUUGAUCGGUGGUCGUCUCCAGCAGAAUGCCUCUUGCACUGGACACACAUCCCACAUAUGUAUUCUUGAGUGGCAUCAGCAGGUACUGAUUUGAUGCCUACACCCUGAAGCUAUUAUGAAUCACAGGGAACAAACCCUGUUGCCCCAUAAAGUUAUACAUGAUCACAAGUUGCAUCAAUUUUGUAUUUUUUACCCCCCCUGAUAUAUUUUCAGUUUUGAGUUGUAUGAGUUGGUUAACUUGUGUGAAUGUGUGAUGAAAUUUUGAAGAACUCUUGGGUGGCAUCAAAUGGUUUCGUAUUCUGCUUUUUCUCAAGGGAAAUAAUUUUAUUUA